UUUCCAGCCGCGCCCCCCCCCCCCCCCAACCCUGUGCCAGUUUUUUCUAUAUAAUGGUAGAGGGGAGAAUAAAUGACCUCCAAGGUCUCCUGUUCUGACUUCGGGAGUCGGGGAGAGCACUUCCGGUGGAAGGAAGGAGAAUGAAAAGGAAGAGGAAAGGGCGGCACGGAGGAGGAGGAGGUGCCGCGCAUCGCCGAGGUGGCACCGACGACUCCGCCCCGGAGCUCUCCCAGGGCCCCUAGCUUUCCGCUGGAUCUGGCGGAAAUGAGCCACGACUCCGGGCAGGCGGGCAGGCAGGCGGCGGAGCCCCCAGAGCUGGGCGGGCGGCGCCGCAGGCUGGGCCCCGUCUCCGCCCUGCCCCGCCCUACCCAGGCUGCCGCUGACCUGCGCGCUGGGCGGCGACAGUGGCCGCCCGAGGUGCUCUGUCCCUGCACGCCACGCCCCCUGCCUGCCCGCUUGUCCUUCGGAGGCACGCCCCCUCCCGCCUCUCCGCCUCGACCCCCCUCGGGGGCCCAGGCGGGGCCCAAAUCGCCAGCAUCGCCGCCAUCGUCUGCGCCGCGUCCCUAGCUCAGCGAAGGAGAGGCCUCGCGCCGGACCCCCAUCGCCUUCUGAGGUGCCAGGAUGGUGGGGGAACUCCGCUACAGGGAAUUCAGAGUGCCCCUGGGGCCGGGCUUGCAUGCCUAUCCAGAUGAGCUGAUCCGCCAGCGGGUGGGCCAUGAUGGGCAUCCUGAGUACCAGAUCCGCUGGCUCAUCCUCAGGCGUGGGGAUGAUGGGGAAGGGGGCUCUAGCCAAGUGGACUGCAAGGCCGAACACAUCCUGCUGUGGAUGUCCAACGACGAGAUCUAUGCCAACUGCCACAAGAUGCUGGGCGAGGACGGCCAGGUCAUCGGACCUUCUCAGGAGAUUGCAGGGGAAGCUGGGGCCCUGGACAAAUCUGUGCUAGGGGAAAUGGAAACCGAUGUGAAGUCUUUGAUUCAGAGGGCCCUCCGGCAGCUGGAGGAGUGUGUGGGCACCAUCCCUCCUGCUCCUUUGCUUCACACUGUCCACGUACUCAGCGCCUACGCCAGCAUCGAGCCCCUCACUGGUGUAUUCAAAGACCCAAGGGUCCUGGACUUGCUCAUGCACAUGUUGAGUAGUCCUGAUUACCAGAUUCGCUGGAGUGCGGGCCGGAUGAUACAAGCCCUGGCCUCUCAUGAUGCUGGGACCCGGACCCAGAUUCUUCUGUCGCUGAGCCAGCAAGAAGCCAUUGAGAAACACCUAGAUUUUGACAGCCGCUGUGCUCUGCUAGCUCUGUUUGCACAGGCCACACUCUCUGAACACCCCAUGUCUUUUGAGGGUAUCCAGCUGCCACAGGUCCCAGGAAGGCUUCUCUUCUCCCUGGUGAAGCGCUAUUUGCAUGUCACUUCUCUUCUGGACCAGCUGAAUGACAGUGCUGCAGAACCAGGAGCCCAGAACAACUCUGCUCCCGAGGAGUUGAGUGGGGAGAGGGGUCGACUGGAGCUGGAGUUCAGCAUGGCCAUGGGCACCCUCAUCUCAGAGCUUGUGCAGGCCAUGCGCUGGGACUGGGCCUCGAGCAAACAGGGGCCCUCGGCACGGUCUUCAUGCUCCAUCUUCCAGCCCCAGCUGGCAGAGGCCGGCCCAGGGCUGCCACCCGCCCGGGUCCGGCCCUCCAUUAGGAGGUCAAGGAGGUUCCGCCCUCGCUCUGAGUUUGCAAGUGGCAAUACUUAUGCCUUGUACGUGCGAGAGACGCUGCAGGCCGGGAUGCGAGUUCGCAUGCUGGAUGACUAUGAGGAGAUCAGCGCUGGGGACGAGGGUGAGUUCCGGCAGAGCAACAACGGCGUGCCCCCCGUGCAGGUGUUGUGGGAGUCGACAGGCCGCACCUACUGGGUACACUGGCACAUGCUGGAAAUUCUGGGCUUUGAGGAAGACAUUGAAGAUGUGGUUGAGGCUGAUGAGAACCAUGGGGCUGUGGUCAGUGGAGCCCUGGGUGUAGCCACAGCCUUGCCCUCCUGGCGGUGGAAGCCCAUGACAGAGCUCUAUGCGGUGCCCUAUGUGCUGCCUGAGGAUGAGGAUGCUGAAGAAAGUGAACACUUGACCCAGGCAGAAUGGUGGGAGCUCCUCUUCUUCAUCAAGAAGCUGGAUGGACCCGACCAUCAGGAGGUUCUCCAGAUCCUUCAGGAGAACCUGGAUGGCGAGAUUCUGGAUGACGAGAUCCUGGCUGAGCUGGCUGUGCCCAUGGAGUUGGCCCAGCACCUACUGCUGGCUCUGCCACAGCGACUCGAUGACAGCGCUCUCAGGGACCUGCUCAACUGCCGUGUCUACAGGAAAUAUGGGCCUGAGGCCCUGGCAGGGCAGCCAGCUUACCCAACCCUGCCGGAAGCCCAGGCCCAGCCUCAGGAAUCAGCAGAUGCAUCCAGAGUGGAAGGAAAAGAACCCCCAACUCAGUGUCCCGACACUCCUCUGAGGCGACUGAUGGAGGGCUGCGGUCUGCCUGGCAGAAUCUUCCUGGACCUGGAGCGAGCCCUCAGCUCAGAGGGGCCUCGGGAGAUGGAGAUCAAGCCGCUUCUGCUGCAGCUGCAGAGGCAGCCCCAGCCCUUCCUCACCCUGAUGCGGGGCCUCGACACCCCAGCGGCCAACAAGGCCCUGCACCUGACCGUUCUGAGGAUCCUGAUGCAGUUGGUGGACUUCCCCGAGGCGCUGCUGCUCCCCUGGCACGAGGCCAUGGAUGCCUGCAUGGCCUGCCUGCGGUCACCAGACACUGACCGAGAGGUGCUCCAGGAACUCAUCUUCUUCCUGCACCGCCUGGCCUCUGUGAGCAGGGACUACGCUGUGGUGCUGAAUCAGCUGGGAGCCCGAGAUGCCAUCUCCAAGGCACUGGAAAAGCACCUGGGAAAACUGGAUCUGGCUCAGGAGCUGCGGGACAUGGUGUUCAAGUGUGAGAAGCAUGCCCACCUCUACCGGAAACUCACCACCAACAUCCUGGGAGGCUGCAUCCAGAUGGUGUUGGGCCAGAUCGAAGACCACAGACGAACCCACCGACCCAUCAACAUCCCCUUCUUUGACGUGUUCCUCAGAUAUCUGUGCCAGGGCUCCAGCGUGGAAAUGAAGGAGGACAAGUGCUGGGAGAAGGUGGAGGUGUCUUCCAACCCGCACCGGGCCAGCAAGCUGACGGAUCGAAACCCCAAGACCUACUGGGAGUCCAAUGGCAGCGCCGGCUCCCACUACAUCACCUUGCACAUGCACCAGGGCAUCCUCGUCAGGCAGCUGACUCUCCUGGUGGCUAGUGAAGACUCAAGCUAUAUGCCAGCCAGGGUGGUGGUGUUUGGGGGCGACAGCACCAACUCUCUUAACACAGAGCUCAACUCGGUGAACGUGAUGCCCUCGGCCAGCCGGGUGAUCCUCCUGGAGAACCUGACCCACUUCUGGCCCAUCAUCCAGAUCCGCAUAAAGCGCUGCCAGCAGGGCGGCAUCGACACACGCAUUCGGGGGUUGGAGGUCCUAGGCCCUAAGCCCACAUUCUGGCCAGUGUUUCGGGAGCAGCUGUGUCGUCACACACGCCUCUUCUACAUGGUCCGGGCACAGGCUUGGAGCCAGGACAUAGCAGAGGACCGCAGGAGCCUCCUGCACCUGAGUUCUAGGCUCAAUGGGGCUCUGCGUCAGGAGCAGAAUUUUGCUGAUCGCUUCCUCCCUGACGAUGAGGCCGCCCAAGCGCUGGGCAAGACCUGCUGGGAGGCCCUGGUCAGCCCCCUGGUGCAGAACAUCACCUCCCCUGAUGAGGGUGGCAUCAGCCCCCUGGGCUGGCUGCUGGACCAGUACCUGGAGUGUCGGGAGGCUGCCCACAAUCCCCAGAGCCGCGCAGCUGCUUUCUCCUCACGGGUGCGCCGCCUCACCCACCUGCUGGUGCACGUGGAGCCCUGUGAGGCGCCCCCUCCAGCGGUGGCCGCUCCCCGGCCCAAGGGCAGAAACAGAAGCCAUGACUGGAGCUCCCUGGCUACCCGGGGGCUUCCCAGCAGCAUCGUGAGAAACCUGACCCGCUGCUGGCGGGCCGUGGUGGAGGAGCAGGUGAACAACUUUCUGACCUCACGCUGGCGGGAUGGUGACUUUGUGCCACGUUACUGUGAACACUUCCAUAAUCUGCAGAAGUCGAGCUCGGAGCUGUUUGGGCCACGGGCAGCCUUCCUGCUGGCGCUGCAGAACGGCUGUGCUGGUGCCUUGCUGAAGCUCUCAUUUCUCAAAGCUGCCCACGUGAGUGAGCAGUUUGCCCGGCACAUUGACCAGCGGAUCCAGGGCAGUCGGAUUGGCGGAGCCCGGGGGAUGGAGAUGCUAGUGCAGCUGCAGCGAUGCCUGGAGACAGUCCUAAUUUUCUCUGGCCUGGAGAUAGCCACCACCUUCGAGCAUUACUACCAGCACUACAUGGCAGACCGUCUCCUGGGCGUGGGCUCGAGCUGGCUGGAGGGGGCCGUGCUGGAGCAGAUCGGUCCCUGCUUCCCCAACCGCCUCCCCCAGCAGAUGCUGCGGAGCCUGAGCAUGUCCGAGGAGCUGCAGCGCCAGUUCCACGUCUACCAGCUCCAGCGGCUGGAUCAGGAGCUCCUGAAGCUGGAGGACACUGAGAAGAAGAUACAGGGGGGCCACGAGGCCAGUGACAGGGAGCACAAGAGAGAGAAGGCAGAGGAGGCAGAAGGAGCGGGGGCAGCAGCGGCCACAGAUGUGGCAGGGGAAGAGGAGGAGGACGAGGAGGAAGAUGAGGAUCUCUACUAUGAAGGGGCGAUGCCAGAAGUGUCCGUGCUGGUCCUGUCACCACGCUGCUGGCCCACUGCCUCCAUCUGCCACACGCUGACCCCCAGAACCUGCCUGCCGGCCUAUCUCAGGGGCACUUUGAACCGAUAUUCCAACUUCUACAACAAGAGCCAGAGUUACCCUGCCCUGGAGCAGGGCCCUCAGAGGCGACUGCAGUGGACAUGGCUGGGUCGGGCUGAGCUGCAGUUUGGGGACCAGACCCUGCAUGUGUCCACCGUGCAGAUGUGGCUGCUGCUGUAUCUCAAUGACCUGAAGGCUGUCUCUGUGGAGAGUCUGCUGGCACUCUCUGGGCUCUCUCCAGACAUGCUCAAUCAGGCGAUUGGGCCUCUUACCUCUUCAAGAGGCCCCCUGGACCUUCAAGAGCGAAAGGAUGUCCCAGGAGGGGUGCUCAAGAUUCGAGAUGGCAGCGAGGAGCCCAGGCCAAGGAGGGGCAAUGUGUGGCUCAUCCCACCUCAGACAUACCUGAAAGCAGAGGAUGAAGAGGGCCGGAACUUGGAGAAGAGGCGGAACCUUUUGAAUUGCCUCAUUGUCCGAAUCCUCAAGGCCCGGGAUGAGGGGCUGCAUAUUGACCAGCUUGUCUGCCGGGUCCUGGACGCUUGGCAGAAGGGCCCAUGUCCUCCCAGGGGUUUGGUCAGCAGCCUCGGUAGGGGAUCUGCCUGCAACAGUACCGAUGUCCUCUCCUGCAUCCUGCACCUCCUGAGCAAGGGCACAGUGAGGCGCCAUGAUGACCGGCCCCAGACGCUGUCCUAUGCAGUCCCUGUGACUGUGAUGGAGCCUCACACCGAGUCCCUGAACCCAGGCUCCUCGGGCCCCAACCCACCCCUCACCUUCCAUACCCUGCAGAUUCGCUCCCGGGGCGUGCCCUAUGCCUCCUGCACAGGCACCCAGAGCUUCUCUACCUUCCGGUAGUCCUGGAGAUGGGAUCAGGGCUUUCUACAGAAAUAAAAUGCAGGAGUUUGGUUA